UUCAAAAAUAAUGCUUACACUGUAUGAGUUAUUAAAACUAUGUAUCAUAAUGUUAUCACUGCUUAACUUUGGUCAUAUUUUAAUUUAAAAGCCUCACAGGUAGGAUCAUUAAAAAGUAAUAAAAUAAGAUUGGAAGCAUUUAACGGUCGUAAAGUAAUGUUGCUCAAAAUUUUUAAAUUUGAGCAACAAAGGACAAUAAAUCGAUCCAUACGAAUCGCGUGGAAGUAGACAAAAAAUAAUGAAAAAUUAAAAUAUCUUAAUUAAUUAGAUAGUUAAGCAUUAAGGAUGGAUUCACAGAAGAUAAUUAAGCAAGAAAUUGUAGAUCAUAACUUACAAGUCAAGGCAAUUAUCCAAGAUAUUUUAUCAUUCAAAGGGUCACUUCAAGAUUUAGAGCUAUUGAAUGAAGCUGGAAGAACAAAAUUAGCACAAUUAAGAAAGUGUAUUGAAAAAUUGGAUGAUUGGGCCAAAGAUGAAAAUGAUAUUACUUUAUCAAAUGAGGUAGAUGCUUAUCGUGAGCAAUUUUCAAAGACUUUACAAGCAUUUCGAAAGGCAAACAUUAGUACAAUGUUGGAAAUUGAAAAGGGAGAAAAGGCUGAGCUUUUUACAAUGAAACCAGAAUCUGAACUACGGCAGCGUUUUGGAACUAGUGGUUUAAUAUCUAAACAAGAAAGUGUCACAGAGCGUAUGCUUAGUCUUUCAAGAAAUUUAGCAGAAACAACUCAAAAAAGUGCCAAUACACUUGACUCACUUAUUCAAUCAUCGACUACUGUAAGUGGAACUGGCGAAGAGCUGCAGAAUACAGCAGGGACUAUUCAACAGUCUGGAAAAUUACUUAAUAAAUAUGGACGACGGGAAACUACUGACAAAAUUUUACUCUUCUUUGCUUUCAUGUUUUUCCUUGCUGUUGUAUUUUAUAUUGUUCAAAAACGUUUAUUCUAA